UGUAUGGAGCUUGCGAAGUCAGUCGAGGAUUGCCGAUUGGUGUAAUAGUGUAAUUAGCUAAAGAAACCAAGACAGGCUGAGCUUUAGGAGGUUAUUUAAAGAAGAUCUUGAGCAAGAAAAGACGACCCAUAGCACAGCCAUUACUGAUGCCAUGUCUUCGUCAAGAGAAAGUUAUAAAAACGCAAUUAAUGACGAUCGAGAAUGCGGAUCAGAUGGAAAGAACGUGACUUUGAACAAAGAAGGUACUUAUAAUGAAUCCGAUGAGGCCACAGAUAAUGAUGGAGAAAUGCAACUAGAUGCAAGAGAUCAUAGUGUGAAGGUUGAAAAUGGUUGUGGCGAUAUGAAUUCACCUGAAUUCAGUAAUCAUGCUGAUACACUGUGCAUCAGCAUCAAGAUUUCUGAUGAUUCGAUUAACAAAAAAUUGAAAAGAAAACCUUUGUGCCUUAUCUGUGGCCCACCCAAAGGCAUCUUAAAAACUGAAUACACAAAAGUUUCUUCUUAUCCUGAUGUUGAAAAAGAAAUCCGUGGACUGUUGAAAAUACUUUCUCCUCCUCAUGAAUCAGAUGCUUGUUGUGGCAGGUGUCUGGGUGUCAUGAAAGAUUUUGUGGCAAUGAAAAGGAAGAUAAUAGCCCUCCACAUUGAUGCACAGUUAGAUCUACCAGACAAUCAUGGCGAUGGGGAAUCAGGAGAGGAUCAGGAAAUGAGUGAUGGGGAAAAUAUGUCUUGCAAUACCAACAAUCAAGAACAAAAUAGUGAGGUGCUUAUCAAACAUGAAAUAAUUGACAUCAGUUUUGGUGAGGACAAUGACCAUAGCAAAGAAAGAGAAAGCCUAAAAAAGCAUGAAAGAAAUGCUAAGAAAACCCCCCUAUGUUUGAAACCAAAAGUAUACCAUUGCUCUUACUGUGAAAGAACAUUCAACAGGGAAAGUAUACAUGCAUUGCAUGAAAGAUCCCACACUGGUGCAAAGUUGCAACAGAGACCAAAAAUAUACAAGUGCUCCUACUGUGAUAAAAUACUGACAAAUCAAAGUGCACUUACUGUGCAUGAAAUGAUCCACACUGGUGAUAGGUUCAAAUGUAAACACUGUGAAAAAUCCUUUACAAGGAAGAAAGACUUAUUGGAGCACGAUAAAACUCAUAAAUUAAAAUGUUCUUAUUGUGGUAAAUCUUAUAGGGGAACAAAAGCACUUGGGAAACAUGAGAGGAAUCACACUGUUGCACAAUACCACUUGGAAAUGGAAAUAUAUCAGUGCUCUCAAUGUAAUGAAACAUUUCGAAGGGAAAGUGAAUUUUACUUGCAUGAAAUAAGUCACACUGCUGACAAAGUCAAAUGUAAAUACUGUGAAGAAAUUUUCUGUAAGAAAAGUGAGCUACUGGAGCAUGAUAAAAUCCAUGAAUUGAAAUGUUCUCUGUGUGAAAAGUCUUGUUGGGGAACACAGGCUCUUGACAAGCAUGAGAGGAUUCACACUGGUGAUAAACCAUAUACCGCUGCAAAAAAGAUAAAGUGCUCAUACUGUGAUGAAACUUUUACGGAAAGUGAACUCAUUUUACAUGAAAAAUCUCACACCACUGAUGGAUUCAAAUGCCUCGAGUGUGAAAUGACAUUUAGUGAAAAAGGUGAUCUAACAAAGCAUGAAAAGUCACAUGAAUUUAAAUGUUCUCAUUGUGGAAGAACUUGUUGGGGAAAGAAAGCCCUUGACAAGCAUGAGAAGUUUCACAUUGUUGAAAAACCCUACAAAUGCAACACCUGUGAUAAGGCAUUUCUAUAUAAAAGCAUAUGGCAGGACCACGAAAAUACUCACACUGGGGUAAAACCUUAUUUGUGCCAGUAUUGUACCAAAAGCUUUGCCCAAAGCUCGACUUUGAAAUCACAUGAAUUGACCCAACACACUGGAGAUAGACCACAUAAAUGUCAGUUCUGUGGACAGGGUUUUGCUCUAAAAUUAGCCUGUGAAGAACAUGAACGUUUUCACACGGGGGAAAAGCCUUUCAAGUGUGAUCACUGUGACAAGAGAUUUGUAAGGAAAUCCAAUUGGAGAGAUCAUGUGAAAACCCACCUUGGAAAUAAAACACAAAUAUGCUCAUACUGUGGAAAAGGUUUCCGUGACAGGGGCUUGCUUGCUAGACAUGAAAGGACUCACACUGGGGAGAGACCAUUUAAAUGCAAAUACUGUGAUAAGGCUUUCAAAAGAAAAUUUCAUUGCAGUACGCAUGAAAAGACGCACGCUGGAAAGAAACUGGUUAGACAGGAGACAGCUGAAAAUAAAGUGACAAGUCUAGCUGAAAUUCACAAAAGCCAGCAUGCUGAGGACAGCUUCAAGCGUGAAAACUCUGAAGGUUUGGAAAUGAGUCAGCCGUCGGAGAGUUCAUUCAUCAGUCAACAGUUUGAUAGCACAUAUAAACCCCAGCACAGCGAGAGCACAUUCAAUCCUCAGCACCCUGACAGUACAUUAAGAUCUCAGCACAUGGAAACCUCAUUUAGGGGUCCACACUCCAGUAAUGUGUUCCCUACUCCAGAGCCUGUUUAUUAUGGAGAAAAUCUAAAUCCAUAUGGGCAUAAUGUGUAUAUGCCAGGGGUGUGAUGUUGCACUGCACAUGUAUUUACAAAAGUGAAACCAACUGCUCUGACAAAAUGUGUUCAUUUCUACAAUGAAGCAUUGAAGAAAUGUGUUAAAGCCAUUUAAAGUAAUUUGCUUCAUACUCAAGGCUGUUAAUUAGUAAAUUAAAAAUAACUGAAGUUCAGAAGUUGUCAAAAUUAGACUUAAACAUAUUGCAAUUUCUUAAAUUAAAAUCUGAUUAAUUUAGAUAUAACUUAGAGCAAAAUACUUUUAAGUUCUUUUAGUUCUUUUCAUGUUUUAUCUUUUGUCUAUAGUAGAGGUCUGGGCUUUUUCUUUUAUAUUUCAUCGUACUUUUGGCCCUGGGCACCUUAAAGGGGGAAAAGAGCGGGAAAAGAUCAAAAAGCUCAGGAGUGCUCCACCCACCCUGCCUCAGUUAACGGUCCUGUAUGAUUUUUAGAACUGAUGUUAUGGUUUCUCAAAGUUCUUAUAAGAAUUGAGUUUUAUUUGCUUAUUAUUUUAUUUAUUUUGCAAAAUUUAGACUUAUAAUAAAGAAGUAAAGUUUUA